GAUGAAGGCGCAUCCAACUUUAAAUGUGAUUCGGCAACUCAUGUGCUUUCGCAUUUAAAGUUUUGACUGUUCGGUGCAUCGGAACCUCGGAGCUGAUCGGAGCAAUCAGCUGAUCGCGUACAGCGUUGCGCAUCGCGGAAUAUCGCAGAGUGUUGAAAACGUUGCGAUAAAAGUGUGUAGUAGCAGCGUGCACUUAUUAGGAAGAUUAUUAUAAUUUUAGAUACAAGAUUCGCUAUGGCAGCCAAGGAAGAGGUAAGCAAUACAACAAUGGAUACAAAGACUGAAGAAACGCCAGAAAAUUCGACAACGGAAGAUGCGCCGGCCAGCCUAGAAACCAUUCCUGAGGGAAAUGCGGCACGAAACGGGCUUCAAACAGCGCCAAAGGACAAAGCAAAAAUUGAUAUACUGCUGAAAGCUACUGCUAAUGCUCCAAUCAUGAAGCAGAAGAAGUGGUCGGUCUAUCAAGACAAUCCCAUCGGAAAGAUCUCCGAAUUCAUAAAGAAGUACCUCAAAUUGGACCCCAACGAGAGACUGUUUCUCUAUGUGAAUCAGACGUUUGCGCCUGCCCCCGAUCAAACGGUCAAGAACUUGUACGACUGUUACGGUGCCGACGGAAAGUUGGUCAUACAUUACUGUAAAAGUCAAGCAUGGGGCUGAGAUUCGCUGAGGUUAACUUAUCAAAGUUAAUUUUUCCCAACAAAGAAUAAUAUAUAAAUUAUGAAAUAAUUUUAAUUUCUACCUCAUAUUUACGAUAUAUAUAAAUUUUGAUACCUAGUGAAAUGUAAUUGUGAUACCUGGUUUUUACUUUAUCAUUAUUUUGCAGGAGAAUCCUUGUUAAAAUUAUGUAUUCGUGUCUCAGUCUAAGCAUUGUGCGUUAUGUCUUUGACGUAAUUGAUCUUCUGCUACUUGAAUUUGAAGACUCCUUUAGUUUUUCCAUUGUUCUUGCUUUACUGGAUCUAUCGCUCUUUGUGUCCUUGCAUCGGCAUCGGUUCGGUGUACCUGCGCUUGACUUGGAACUUACCGAGCUCCGCGAUGCACAUUUGCAAACGGGCGUUCUUUCUUCUUUACGGGUUUCUUUUUUAGAACCUUUACUCCGAUCAGACGCAACUGAUAGCGGUUUCUGAUCACCUGUCAAGUAUCGCCAUUAAAUAAACAAACGUGAGUUGCAAUAAGAUUACGAAAGGUUUAUGUUGCCUAAUAAGUCUAUUUUACUUUGUUACACACUUAAGAAUACAUUUAAGAAUAUAAUAUAUUUACUUGUA